CUUACAUAACGAUCCCCAGUUAUGUUGGCAUUUAUUUCAACACGAACCGAUGGUUUUCUUGAAAUAUAAACAAUUAUUCCAGGGUUUGUGAUAUUUUCUGUUUUGCUCUAUCCUGUUUCUUAAUGAUUCUGGUAAAUUAAUAAUUUAUUCAUCAUGAGCACUAAUCCAGACAAAAAGAAUUUAAGUACGCUUUUCAGUGAUUUCGUCAAAUAUGAAAGGAUCAACAACUACCAACAAGCAUUGAAAGUUGCAGAUAAAAUUCUAUCUUUGGAAAAAGAUAAUAUCAAGGCAGGACAUUGCAAGGUAGUUUGUCUCAUCCAGGAAAGCCAAUUUACUGAAGCACUCGACGAAAUCACACGUAAUCCUGCUCUCAGUGAGGAAUGCAUAUUUGAAAAAGCCUAUUGUGAAUAUAGACUGAAUAAAGCCGAUGAUUGUCUCAAGACAUUAGAUUCUCAUCCAGAGCCAGAUUUUCGAGAAAAAGAGCUAAGAUGCCAAGCACUUUACAGACUGGAGAAAUACCAAGAAGCCUAUGAUUUAUAUUUAGAGUUAUUGAAAGAAUCAGCUGAUGAUUCCGAUAAUGAAAGAGAAGCUAAUUUAGCAGCUGUUGCUGCUGGAUUAGCACAAGAAAAUCCUAAAGCUGUCGAAAACUUACCACAGCUUGAAGAAAGAGAAAAUUUCUACGAGAUAUAUUACAACAAAGCGUGCAUAGAAUUGUCUAGAGAAAAUUAUCCUGGAGCUCGUCAAAUUCUCAAUGAUGCUGAAGAAAUCUGUCGAAAAUCAUUAGAAGGAGAAGGAUGGACUGAAGAAGAGAUUGAUUCCGAACUCGCCAUCAUUCGUGGUCAGUUGGGUUAUGUUGAUCAAAUGUUAGGAGAUCUGGAUUCAGCAUCAAAAAUGUAUAACCAAGCAUUGAAGUUGAAACCCACUGAUCCUCUUGUGAUCGCUGUUGCCUGCAACAACAUUGUUACAAUCAAUAAAGAUCAAAACAUCUUUGAUUCUCGAAAGAAAACGAAACAAGCUUUGAAUGAAAUCAACAACCCAAAACUUAGCGUUUCACAGAGAAGAUCCAUCGUAUUUAAUAACUGCCUUCUUCUACUACUGACCAAUCAAUCUGAUGCUUGUCGUAAACAACUCAUACAAUUUAAAACCAUGUUUCCAGAGGCUACAGUGGAUUCUUUAGUUUUGGAAGCAGCAUUAUUACGUAAAGAAAGAAAAGUUAAUGAUGCUAUAGAGAUUCUUCGAAAAUAUAAAAAUUAUGACCCAGAUAAUAUAGAAGCACCGUUUAUCAUCAUACAACUUCUUUUAUCAGAAGGACGUCAUAAAGAGGCUUUAAGCCAGGUCACUGAAUUACAAAAUAAGCAGAAAUUAGCAUUGAUAUCGAUCAUGGUCGCGCUUCAUUUGAACUUAGAAGAUAAAGUUGGUGCUAUUAAAGUAUUAAAGACUGCAAUCUCUUGGUUCCAAACAAAUAAGCCAAAAGGUUCAGAACUGAUAAUUCUGUAUCGAAAAGCAGCUAAACUGAUGAUGGAAAAUAAAGAUCAUAAGGGAGCUGUCGUUUUGCUUGAAGAACUUCGUAAACAUAACCCUGAUAAUCCAAAAGUUUUAGCUCAUCUAAUUUCUGCAUAUUCUCAAAUCGACCCAGCUAAAGCUAAAGAAAUCAUGCAAUAUUUGCCACCAUUAGAGCAAGAAAUCGCCGGUGUUGAUGUUGACGCAUUAGAAACUAGUAAUUGGUCUUUAGGGGCUAAAUAUGUAAAGAAAAUCACUAAAGUUGAACCUUCGCCGGGUAACAUUAAAGAAGAUAUCAAGAAAACUAAAAAGAGGAAAAAGAAAAAGCAACUUCCUAAAAAAUUCGAUCCUGAUGUUGAUCCAAACCCUGAAAGAUGGUUACCUAGGUGGCAACGAUCAACUUAUAAGAAAAAGAAAGACAAAAGAGGAACUCAAUUUGUAGGUAAAGGCACCCAAGGUGCUGUCGGCGGUGCAGAACCUGAACCAACUUCCAAGAGCUCACCCAAGCCAGGAGCUUCUAAUGUUGAAGCAUCUCCUAACUUAAAAGGUCCAAGAAUGGCGCAAAAGAAACAAAAAAAGAAGCCAAAUCGAAGAUAGAUAUUAACCGAGCUCUAAUUUUGCUAAAUGUCAUUGUUUAGUAUUUUCUUUAAAUUUUUAUUAAAUUGGAAUGACUUGAAACUUUAU